AUUUCAUCAUCAUCAGAACGGCCAAGCGUUUAGUUAAGAUUUUGGGGGGGACAGUUUCAAGAAGCAGAUCACUGUUGUCGGCUGACAGACACCCAACCAAUGCCAUGGUCUCCCUCCGCUUUCCCUUCUCGUUUUCUCAGCCCCCCACCCCCAAGAAGCCGCCUCCUAUCUCCGCCCCUCGUCCCUCCGCCUCCAACCUCGCCCUCUCCGUCACCGUUGCCUGUGCCGCCGCCGCGGCGACAGCUGCCGGAGCCACGGUCUACGCCGCCCUCCAGAACCCACACCAGCAGCACCCGUUCCUCCGAGACGCCCUUGGCUUUCUCUUGCCCGCGCGCUCGUCCUUCCCUGCUUGGGGCUCACUCUCCUUAGCUGGCAGCUCCCCUCCGGUGGUCGAAUCGAAGACCGGAUUCUCGUUCCCUUCGGUCCUUGGCGGGUCGAGGAAGCUUCUCGGCAUCGGGCUGAGGAGGAAGAGCUUGUUGGGGCUCAAGAACAUUGAUGUCUACGCAUUUGGUGUUUAUGCUGACGAUAAGGACGUAAAUAAACUGCUCAAGGAGAAAUAUGGGAAACUCUCCACUGCCGAGCUGAAGGAAAGCAAAGGGGUCCAGAAAGAUCUCAUGGAAAGCGAUAUAUGCAUGACUGUCAGGCUUCAGAUAGUCUACGGGAAACUGAGCAUUCGAUCUGUUCGCAGCGCCUUUGAGGAAUCCGUAGGAAGCAGACUCAAAAAGUUCGGUGAAGGAGACAAUAAGGAAUUGCUACAAAGGUUUACUUCCCAGUUCAAGGAUGAGUACAAAAUCCCACGGGGAUCGGUGAUAGAUCUUUCAAGAGACCGAGGCCACGUGCUUCGCACAACAAUUGAUGGGAAGGAAGUGGGAAGCAUCGAGAGCAAGCUACUUUGCCGGUCAAUUCUCGACUUGUAUAUAGGAGACGAUUCUUUCGAUAAGCAAGCCAGAGAAGACGUGAAGCAGAAUUUGGCAUCCCUUCUUCAGUAACAGGAACUCAUCAUCUGAACUUUAUCAGACAUAGUAUCGGCCGAAGACACGCUAAUCAAGAGUUGAGUAUGCACGCGAUGUUUCGUCCAGAAAAAUUCAAGAAAGCAGAAUUCUUUGUCUUGGAAAAGCUUAUCGAAUGUUUGAGAGGUGUAUCUAUCUUCUGUAUGUUCACACCUGUUAUCUAUAUUCAUAUGGUCUCUUCAUCACAUGAACGAAUUGAAAAUAUUGAAAUUCUACUCA